CGUCGAACAGUGGACAGGUUGCGUGUUUAUCUUAAAUGUGUCACCAAACAUCGGACUUGUUUUGUGCAUUUUCUGAAACAUCGGACUAGUUGUGUAAUUGCUUUGAGUGUUUUCGUCAAACUACUGUGGACUGUAGCUCAUGUAUGUUCACAUUUAUAUAAAGAUAUUUAACAGUUAACUGUCUUCAUACAUCUCAGAAUGUAUUAUUGAUGCUGUACAAAAUAUUUACGUGCAUUACGUUUUACUUCCUGGUUCAGUUGUUUUGUUGGAGAUGUAUAUGAAUCAUAUUGAAUUUCAGGCUGAGAGCAGACACUGACACUCACUGAUUGGCUGUAAAUCUUUGAGCUAACUGAGGCAGCCAAUGGAUCAAGUACCGGGCAGAAAACUGCAGGCAGAUGUCUCUUCCCUGGACGUGAGCUACUGCCAGCCCUGCUCCCAAGAUGGGGAAACUAUCCCACCAGAGGCCUACUGCACUGUCUGCAAGGAGUUUAUGUGCUCCACCUGCACAAGCGUUCACAAGAAACAAAGGAUAACAAAGCUCCAUACACUUCUUGACAAGACCAAAAUGCCUACAACCAUGCGAGGUUUCACAACCAAAGACGAGAGCACAAAACCUUGUGACAUUCACCCUGAUGAAUGUAUCAAAUACUUCUGUCCGAACCAUCAGACACUUAACUGCGGACAUUGUUCAGUUCUUUAUCAUCAAUCUUGCAAACAGCAGAUCAUUUCUGAAAUUGCUAAAGCCUUCAAAGAGGGCCAGAGUUAUGAAGCCAUCAAGCAGGUUAUUGUCCAAUUUCUGAAAGACAUUGAUGCCUGUGCAUCUGCUGUUAAAGAAAACACUCAGCUCGUAGAAGACCUUGGAGAACAUGAGAUUGCUAAGAUAAGAAAAUAUCGAGAUCAGAUCAACAAGUACUUUGAUGAACGUGAACAGACACUCAUUGAAACCAUUGCCGAGAUGAAAAACAUGGAUGAAAUACUCCUUAACUCAUUGAAACUUGAGUGUGACAACCUUAAGACCAAGGUCGAUGAGAUUAAAGCAAAACUAACAGCGCAAGAGAACAAUAGCCAUUUGUUUAUUGAGGCUCAUAUAUCCAAGAACUUGCUGGAGGGACUGCAAUUAAGUCUUGCUGAGAUUAAGAAGAAGAAUACGAUACAACAGUAUCAGAUAAGGAAAGACCCCGCCACUGCAAGUUUGCUUGGUUCCAGAACUGGCCUUGGCACUUUCGAAAAGCUUAAUUCUUCAAAAAGUCUAGACCAGAGAUGUGAGCGUUCGAGUAGGUCCACAAUACAAAAUGAAGGCAAGAAGAAUACUAAAACAUCUUCUCCUUCUUCCAACGUACAAGCGGUAAGGGACGAGAAUGCAACUACAUAUGUUGCUGCUACCAACAUACAAUCCGUCGGUGACAUCAAGGCUACCAAAACAAUCACGGCGAUCUCGUUCAAUCCAGUACCAGAACCACCUUUGAAUACUAGUGGAACGCAAACAUCUGCAAAACCAAAACAAAAAACACAAAACAUUGUCAGCAUUGACCUGAACAGCAUGAAGCUCACCCCAGCCCCAGACAUCCUAGUCAAGCAACCAUCUGACACUAAGAACUGCCGACUGAAGGACAUUAUUCUCUUGUCUAGGGACAGGCUGCUACUGACUGACUAUACAAAAGACACAUUGAAACUGGUAGACCUAAAGACCAGCAGUAUAAUAUCCGAGGUUUGUUUGCCUGGCAGGCCAUUGGGCAUGUGUCACAUCGCUGGGGAUAUGGUGGCUGUAUGUGUUACUCAUAGUAUUCAGUUCUUGGAGACAGGGGGGCAACUCUUCCUGGGGAAGAACAUCAAGGUGGAUGAUGAUUGUUGUGAUGUUGGUUACCAUAACGAUAGCUUAAUUAGUGCAUUCAAGAGUGGGAAGGUUCAGAAGAUGAACAUGGAAGGAAAAGUGUUGAAGAAAGUAUCAAAUAGUUGGUUUUCAAGCAGUCCGUUUAAAGACCUUGGAUACUUGAAAGUGGUCAGUAAAGGGCUGACAGCAGCCAUUUAUGUGUCAGACUUAUCCAUGCACACAAUCACACAGCUGGAUAUGGACCUCAACAUCCUCAAGACAUUCCAGGACCCUGCACUGAGAAGACCAGUAGGCAUCACUGCAGUGGGAAACCAGCUGAUCAUCUGUGGGUUAGCUAGUAACAAUAUAAUGUGCCUGGACCUGCCUAGUGGCAAGAUGACCCAGCUACUUGGCAAGAUGGAAGAGAUAGCAUUGCCACGCUGUGUCUGCUACAGUCAGCAGCAGAACAAGAUGUAUGUAACCGUCUGGACAUGUGGGAACGCCGACAAUUAUGUAAAGGUGUAUAAUGCAACACCAAAAUUGUAUUAGAUAUAUUUUCUUUGAAUAGGCAACAGGGCCAAGUUAACCAUUUUGCACUUAUCAAUACAGACUGUUGUAUAUGUGUAUCUUCUCUGUGAUUGUUGUGAAUAUUAUAAUAUUAUGUUGUAAAGAGACUCGCAUAUGUUUAAUUGGGUGUUUUCACCUUUAACAAAAUGUACACGUACCAAUGAUGAUCAUUAAAAGUUUCAAUAAGAUCUCCAUUGUUCACAAUUGCUGAAAAUAGUGGGGGGUUUUGCCAAAAGAAGUAAGUAAGGCUAUUGAAAAUUUAAUGACGAUAAACAUAUAUUUACAACCAUCUGUUUAAAUGAAUACAUGAUAGUUGCUGUAACAAUACGAAGAAGAAGAACAAAAACAAGAAGACAGGAAGAAGAAAGAGAACAAGAAAAACAAGAACAAGAAGUAGAAGAAGAAGUAAAAGAAGAAGAAGAAAAGGGAGAAGAAGAAAAAGAAAAAGAAGACGAAUUAGAAGAAGAAGAACAACAAUAUCAACAACAAGAAGAGCAAGAAAAACAAGAACAAGAAUAAGAAGAAGAAGAAGAAGAAGAAGAAGAGGAAAAGGAAAAAGAAGAAGAAGAACAGAUGAAAAAAGAAACAGAAAAAAUAAGAACGGCAACAACAAGAACAAGAUCAAAAAGAGCAUUAAAAAAGAACAAGAACAAAAUGAAGAUGAAGGAUAAGAACAAGAAGAACAAGAACAAAAAGAACAAGAAAAAGAAAAACAAGAAGAACAAGAACAAAAAGAACAAGAAGAAGAACAAGGAGAACAAGAAGAAGAUGUUUAUUAUCUUUCGUUCUUGAAUGACGUUACAUGUUUUUGUUCUGCUGUUCUAUUGUUUUCUUCCUUUCUUUAUUCUACUCUUUUAAGAUGAUUUAAACCAUUGCACCUCGUUAUUUAAACAUUGUAAUUCCCUUAAUGGAUGCAAGUUGAACUGUAGAAGUGUUUAUUCAUGAAAGUAAUUAAAUAACACAAUUUGAACACAUGUCAUUAAAACAAACAACAGUUGAGGUCUAAAAAUAUGUGAAGAUGACCCUGCAAUAUCUAAAAUCUAAAAUUUGAUACACACUUUCUGCCUAUUUAAGAGCCUAUAUUUUGCUUCAAUUAAAUAUCUGUUGCUAUUACUUAUUAGUUACUUAAAUUAAAUCGAAGGUUUGACCAGAAAUUGGAAAAUAGGUAGAAAAAAAUGUCGUUAAUGUAUUUAAAAGUCAAUUUCCACUGUGAAUAAAAGAAAUAAGGUGACUCUCGCGUAUUCACAGGGUUUCAUCGCUCACUGUUUGAGUUCAGAAACUGAAUUAUUUUUGCCCCCUCCUCCAUAGCUUGUAUUUAAUGAAGCAAAGUUUUUUGUUUUGUUUUUUAAAAUGGCUCAGACCGGGACAUUUAGUUUCUGUUUAUAUACAUAUAAAACAAUAUGGUUAUAUGAUUUAAUUUCUUAAUAAAGAUAGACCAUUAUAAUAGUUUAAAAUGGUCUGAUAAUUUGGUUAAUUUAUACAAAAUAUUGUAUCCGGGAACAAACAAUUCUAUAUUGUAUUAAAUCCUAGUUUCAGACUUUCAUAAGUGCCCCACCAAACCCCUUCUUGUGUAAAAUACAACUUCUGUGUAUUGAUCUUAACUUUGAGAGGCGUCUGCUGUCUAUCAGAUCUUAGAUCUAAAUGUCUUACUGUGCAGUCUCGGAGGUUUUAUUAUUGAAAUUAACUUAUAACUUUUUUGUUUCCUUUUUAAAAUAAUAAUGAAAUUAUUAUUACAAUGCUUUAGAAUUAGAAUAAGAGUAAUGGUACAUCUUAUAUAUAAUAGCUCAUGAAUAUGAUUUAACCAUGAUGCUUCUCAAUUCGGAUAUAACAAUGGUGACCUUGUAUUUGAAGUAGAUCGAAAUGUAUCAAUUAUACAACCGUUAAAACACUAAAUUGUUUAUUAUUUAUUUCCCAUCGGCAUAUUUGUAUGAAUAGUCGUUAGACAAUAAGAUUUUUAGCUCUAAAAGUAUCAACUCUAAAUGACACUGAGCCAUUAAACAAAUAUACAGGAAAUUGGACCUCUGUUGUGACACAAGGGCAAUAAACAAGUGAUGCACAGCAGGGAAUGAUGAUGUGCCCCGGUGUUGAGACACUGACUGUACAGAUAUAUUAAGUGAAAGUGUUAUUAUCGAAGUACUCACAGUUAUCAUGUCAAUUUUGUUGUUGUCCGCGAUGGGGUAACUUAAUUUUAAACCCAAUUAUAGACACGAGUUUACUUUGUAGAAUUACCCCACCCGGCAUUUCAUCUACUGUUUCCUGCUAAUUCAACGUAUAUUCCGAUUAAGAAAAUGCAAUCAACUUAGCUAUAUUGUGUAACAGACUUAUAUUACUUCGUUUCAUAAGCUUCUUACUUUUAAAAACAUGAGGAAUUUCACGUAAUUUUGUCUGCUUCAUAGCAACUUAUUGCAAUACCAUAGUCAGUCAGCCAUCUUCUUUCAUUGAUUUUUGACAUUUACGUCACAUCCUUUUUACCAAGUUUGCUAUAACCGCGAAGUUUAAACUCUAGAGAUUGUUAUGUUUUUACCUUGUAUUGUAAUUGUGUUUUGCUUUAGCCCAUAUUUUCAGCGGUUCUAUUUUUAAACCGAUCAAAGUUUUACUGCUCGAUUCAAAUUUAGGCGAUCGAUCGCAUUUUCCUAGAUCGAUCAGCUGUAGUCGAUGCGCUUUUUUGGUGUCGAUCUACGAGUCGAUGCAGUAGUCUGCAUCAGGCAUAUAUAAGGAGCGUAAAUUUUUGCUCAUGACUUCUCCAGUUUUCUUUCGUGGCGGAAGCCUGCGUUUAACAUCUCGGCAUUUUUUCAAAGUAAUUAUCGCAUAAAAGAAUCAAGAAAAAUUAAAGAACAUUAGUUAAAUAAUAAGUGGAACUGCUUCACAGCGUUUUAGUAAUUUGUUAGAUUUUUCUAAAGAUUUAUAAACAUUUUAUCAAUUUAAGGCGGUUGAUGGCUGACUGUUUUAGCAUUUGGUUGACAGGGAAAUAUAACUGCUUUAAUCAUAAGUUAUUACAACAUUUUAACAUUUCUCAUAACGUCGAUUUUACUAUACAUGUUUUCAUGUUGAUGUUUGCAUAUUAAACUGAAUAAAUGUUUUAACGGUUA